AUGACUAAUGAAACCGAACGUCCGGUCAAAAUAUCCGCCUGGAAAACAGAGGAAAAAAUCCGGGAGAACUCGAUCAGACACAACCUGUCGUUGCACAACCGGUUCAUGCGGGUGCAGAACGAGGGAACGGGCAAAUCGUCGUGGUGGAUGCUGAAUCCGGACGCGAAGCCGGGCAAAUCGGUGCGGCGUCGCGCCGCCUCCAUGGAGACGAGCAAGUACGAGAAGAAGCGCGGCAGGGCGAAGAAGAAGGUCGAGAUGAUCAGGAACGGUUGUCUGCCUGAUACGACGCCCAGCCCGAGUUCGUCGGUCAGCGAGAGCCUGGAUUUGUUUCCGGAUUCGCCGUUGCAUAGCGGCACUUUCCAAUUGAGCCCCGAUUUCAGACCGAGAGCCUCCUCGAACACGUCCUCCUGCGGCCGCUUGUCCCCCAUACCCUCGCUGGUGGGAGUCGAGCCCGACUGGCCUCAGCACGGCCAGUUCGCCGGCCAACCUUUCGCCGCCGCCGCCGCCGCCGCCGCCGACGCGGUCUCCGACCAAUUGGCCGGCAAUCUGCAACAGGGGAUGAAGCUAGAGCCCGACGGCUAUUUGGGGUACAUAAACGGCCAGUCGGCCCAACCGCCGCCGCCUUACACCGCCCCCUACGAACAAUUUCCCGGAUGCCGCGACCUGAGCGCCCUGCACGCCACUUCCCCCUACGGCCUGACGCAGUGCCCCGUCCACCGGAUGCAGUCCUGCUCCUGCAUGCAACCCAUCAAAGUCGAGAGCAUGUCGCCGGCGGGCAUGUCCCCAUCGUACCCCCACUCCGAGCCCUCGCCGGACCCGCUCAACACCCAAUACAUGAUCAACCGAAUGCAACAACAACAACAACAACAACAACAGCAACAACAACAAAGGCCGGCGUCGAGCAGCCCGCCGCUGACGCCCCAACCCGCCCAAACGGCGGUCGCCCAGACCGUCCCGUCGACGAUGAUGGGCCAGAUGAUGGCGGCCCUCAACAACAGCACCCUGCUGGACGAUCUCAACAUCAACGUGGAAUCGCUGCAGGGCGGCUUCGAUUGCAACGUCGAGGAGCUGAUCAAUCACGAGCUGAACAUGGAGGGCGGCUUGGACUUCAACUUCACCGGCCAACAGCAACACCAACAGCACCACCAGCAGCACCACCAGCAGCACCAGCAGCAGCACCAGCAGGGGGUGAUGGUCGGAGGUGGCGUGGGGCAGCAGGCGGCGACGCCGGCGCCGGUGCUGGUCGGCGGACAGUCGGGCGCGCCGCCCGCCUACAACGCCGCCGUCACGACGCCCUCUUGGGUGCAUUAA